UUGCUGUUGCUAGUUCGUUGUGAAGUUUAUUCUAUAAGUGGGCGUUUCUGUUUUUCGAAAAUAAUUUGUUAUCGCCUUUGUAGUCAUUGAAACGUACACAUAUGUUACACCCUUCGAGCCUUUGAUUAACGUUGUGGCAGUUUCGAAAGUUCACAGAAGAACGGUACCCUAGAAAUAUACGAUGCUCAGCAAAUGUUUAACAGUAUUCAAGGGAGCGAUCUGCAUACGUCUUUAUACGACACGACAAAUAAUGUAGCCCACAUAUUGGAGGAUAUUUUUACUGCAUAGAAAUCUUGGUGGGUGUCUGGAAUGAAUUGAGGAUUCAACGAUUCAUAUUCACAUUCUAUCCCGUACAUCAAUAGGCAUUUGACGAAGUAAAGAUCAUCUAUUAUAGUACAUCCGUUGCACCAUACUGAGAUCAGCAUGUAAUUUUACCACGUAGGCGUUGAAGAUGAAGUUGUCGGCUUGUUUCUAAAGCUCCGUAACCUUAACGAUACUAAGCUAUGUACAGAAGGUACAUUACACGACGUUUAAAUGGACAAAUCCUACGGAGCACAAUGAUACGUGGUAGAUAGUGAUCCAAAACUCGCUUAUUUGCCGCCAAGAAUGAAAAUUCCACGUAGCGUCUUGUGUUAUAAACCGCUCCCUGCACUCCCUUUAACCUCUGGCACCGCUUGUGAGCACCCUGUUCUUUCCCUUGUGGCCACGCCUUCCCGCACCUGCACACCCUUCCACAACGUCAAAGUUGACCCGGAUGCGAAACUGCGGCAUCAUUUCUUCGCUCCCCAGUUUGAUCACAGCUCACCAGUCACUGGCUUCCUUUUUUCUACUCCUCCUACAUUCUAACUGACGGCAGCGAUUUUAGCGGUAGCCUUACCUGCCGGGCUCUAGCUAGGGCUAGGACCUCUUUUCUGAGAGAUCUAUCAGUAGCCGGCUGCUGGAGCGAUGUCAGCAAGUUGGUAUGGGCUUGCAAGCUACGAGCAGUCCCAGAAACGAGACAACCUAGGAACAAGCAUGUGUGUCUUUCUAAGACUCCUGUCACUAUCUGAAUGAGUCAGAGAUAAAAAAGACCAUCGCUCAGGAGAAAACAACUCCAACUACAAUAGUACCUUCACUGCAGGCACCGCACUAUUUCCCCCCGGGAUUGAGGUCAGAUUGUUGAUCAAUCGUUCGGUCUAAACUGGACUCAACUUUCUUUCGCGGUUUGUGCACAUUGCAGCCCCUGGUCUUGCACGUUGCUUGGGCUUCACUGUCUAUUGCCGCAUCUCGUGCUUUCUUUGACGCCCAAGCCGUACCGAUUCCCACUGGUCCUUGGUUGUCGUCAACUGUAGAUUCCUAAAUCUCCCGUUGUCAACGGCGGUCUCAUCCCUCUUGGACACUCCUAAUGGGUCUUUUUUUCAAAACGGUAGCAAUCAAUGGUGACGACGGACCGAACGAAGGACGGGAAAGACGCUGCGUUAAUUCCCCACGAAAUGGAUAACCAACCGCUUGCACCAACUCAGGCAACAAUUUGAUCUGAAGUCCCUACGGAGUUUGCCUCUAUUUAUGGGGGACGAACGCACAGAAUACUUGGCGCCAUUAACGUCGAUAAAUGUACGGAUGUACGCGAGCCGUUUUGGGAAGUUAUCUGGUGCCGCGAUUAGUAUACAAAAUACUGGAAGCCUCUUUGGAUCGUCGAGUCGCGAACUUCACUCGAAGGUCAACCGUUACCUACGGAAGAUGACAAACUGCUCGCACGCCUUCAUUUUAACAGCCGAGCAAGAAGAUCUAGCUUGUCGAGUCAUUAAUGAUGGCGCCAUCGAGGGGCGACAAGACGAAGUUUACGUUAUGGCGUACGGUUCCCAGCUUAUUGCGGUCCUGCAGCAACGCCAACCGUUAAAUCUGAACGAUGUACCGCAGGCGGCUCGUGAUGAGCUAUCAACCCUAAUCGGCGUCAGUCUCGUAACAUUACUACUGGUUCCAAUCUUUCAUCCAACCAAUGCCGACCGGUUAACCCUGAUCGCAUGUUUAGCCAAUAAAGGCGGUGGGAGUGAGCCGAGCAGCGACAAUGCCACGAAAGAAGGCUCGCUCCAAUCGGGCGACUACGCUUUCAGCGACGACGAUCGAGUUCAGGUUUCCGAGUGCAUGACGGUCGUCUCGCCCCAACUUUUACGCACAAUGGCCUGGGAGGAGGAAAAACGGCUCCGAGAAGAAUGCCAGAGUCUACUCACUGUUGCACGGAAUCUGUUCACGCAUCUUGACGAUGUGACCCUUCUGCUACGAGAAAUUAUGACUGAUGCACGGGAGCUGACGCGCGCUGAGAGAUGUUCACUGUUUUUGUUAGACAAGGAACAACGUGAGCUGGUAGCUAAAGUUUUCGAUGGACACCUCGCCGAAGAUGGUCAGGAAACUUGUACAGAAGUUCGGAUACCAGCCAAUCAAGGUAUUGCUGGUCACGUGGCGACAACCGGCGAAGUACUAAAUAUUCGUGACGCGUACAACCAUCCGCUCUUUUACAGAAGGAUGGACGAGGUAACGGGCUUUAAGACACGAAAUAUCCUAUGUUUCCCUAUCAAAGAUGACCAGGAGGUGAUCGGGGUUGCCGAACUCUGCAACAAGGUAAACGGCAAGUGCUUUUCGUUCUUCGAUGAAGAAAUGGCGAAAGCAUUCUCGAUCUACUGUGGCAUCUCCAUAAUGCAUUCGCUCAUGUGGAAAAAGGUUCGUGAUGCACAGCAUCGAUCACGCCUAUCCAAUGAGUUGAUGAUGUAUCACAUCCUCGUCCCGGAUGAAGAAGUACACCAAUUAGUGACCUUAAUCGGCCAAGGACCUGUUCCAACACCACGCGAGAAAUUUCACCCGGCUUUUGAGACCUUCCAGGGUAUUCCAAGAGCAAUUCCCGACAGGGAUACACCUCUUGCUGUUGUUACAAUGUUUGAGGAUUUAAGUUUCAUUCAACGAUGGAGAGUUUCACGAACAACGCUGGCACGCUUUGUCCUUAUGGUCCGGAAGGGUUAUCGGGAUCCUCCGUAUCACAACUGGACCCAUGCAUUUGCUGUAGCUCAUUAUAGCUAUCUACUUAUCAAGAAUCUAAACCUCGUGACAAAAGGGUAUCUCACCGAUAUCGAGGCACUUUCGUUGUUUGUUGCUUGUCUAUGUCACGACCUCGAUCAUCGAGGGACGACGAACACGUUCCAAGUAAACUCAAAAAGCAUUUUGGCAUCGUUAUAUUCCUCUGAGGGCUCCGUGAUGGAGCGGCACCAUUUCGCGCAAGCUAUGGCCAUCCUCAACACUGACGGCUGCAAUAUCUUCGAGAAUCUCGAUUGCCAUGAAUACACAAAGAUACUGGACAACAUGCGUGAGAUCAUUCUUGCCACAGACCUAAGUCACCACUUCAAGAUCAUGCCGAAGCUCAACGAAAUGGUGACCUCAUUCAAAAAAGAUGACGUGGAGCACCAUCAGCUAUUGAUGUCUUUACUGGUUACAUCUUGCGAUCUUUCCGACCAGACGAAAGAUUGGAAAGCCACAAAACAAGUCGCAGAACUGAUCUAUAAGGAGUUCUUCUCGCAAGGUGAUCUUGAAAAGUCGAUGGGAAUUGCUCCGGACAAGAUGAUGGAUCGGGAGAAAGCGUUCAUUCCGGAAUUGCAGAUCCAGUUUAUCGAUGGUGUAGUACGGCCAACGUUCCAUCUGCUAGCGCAACUUUUCCCUAACGAUGAAGGCACCCACCAGAGUUUGCAGGCCGUUACAGACAAUCUUACGUUCUGGCAACGUUUCCGAGAAAUUUACUUGGCCAAAUACGGCACACAGCAUGGCUGCUCGCUAAGCAUCUUUCAUGACCGACAACUGGAAAAGGAAGUGGUGUCCAGCCUACAGCUUCAAAACAACAGAAAACGCAACUUUCGCGAAGAUUCUCCCGGUCCGGCUUCAAGCUCAGCUUCAUGACCUGAACGGACCCGAAGUGUUUUAUCGCGGACCCUUCAUUCUAUCAUUUGUAACCUAAACAUCUGACAGUCCUCGAAAGAGAAGAAUACUUAGUCAGAUUAGUAUAUAAGUAAUUAUAAUAGCACUGUAUUCAAUUUCGACGUCCGACCAAAAAUGCACCAGGUAGUAGGCUUAACACACGAACCGGCUCACGGUUCCGCUCCUAGAGUGUCGGACAACGAAGAGAUACGAAGGCUACCUACUCGGAGUCGAAAAUUCGUCACAACUUAAUUUAUUAACACUCUGUACACAUUGGCACCCUUUACGCAGAAUCGUUUCUGACCUGCUAUAACUGGGGAGCACUUACCUAACGAUGCUGCUGAUGUAGGUAUAGUUGUUGGUUAUUCUUGUUGAUUAUUCUGUGCACCUCAUCAUGCCACCAAAAAUCAAAAAUAAGUAGCAUACAUCUACUACUUUUCAUGGAUGAUAUCUCAGUUUAUGUCGUUUGUCCUACGGAAUGAGGUUGAAGCUGAGUCCUCCUUUCCCUAGGCAACAAUGCUAUGCCCAACAAGAACUAUAAAUUGCUUGAAAACUCUUAUAUAUAUAUAUAUAUAUAUAUAUAUAUAUAUAUCAGGGCUUAUUUCACACGAAGUUCAAGCCAAUUGUAAGUGGUCAUCUAUUCAUAAUGAUAUAACCUAAAAUGAUGAUCAACCAUGCAUAGUUAGAUAUUAUUUAACUAACCAAAAAUGUCAGCUCGGUGAGGAGUUCGUGACAAAAUAGCACAGUAACAUUAGUUUCUCUUAAUGUAAUUAUUAGACUGAACUUUUACAUACAUUCGAAUAUAGAUACAUUCAACGAUAUAAUAACAUUGACGAAAUAGUGGCAUGAAGGUAGCAGCCCAGAGGCAGGCAUAGAUGGAUCAUACUGGGAACAGUAUUAUAGCUGUUUAGAAAGGGAAAAGCUUACUAAGAAGAGUGUCGGGCUUAACUAGCACAACACAGAAUUCGAAUCUCUGUUAGUCAGGGGGCAGCCCCAAUCUGUAGUCUUAAUGCUGUUCCAUAUGGUAAAUUAUAGUACACGAAAGAGAAGGAACGCGACUCUAUUGAAAAAAUCAUCUGGCCUAUGAUGAUUAUCUGUAUAAUUUACCAUUAUUCGGUCUCUAAAACAGAAUAACUAAUAAUGAGACCUCACGUGCGUGGUCUUGUUCAGUGUUAUUCAAACUCUGCACGAUACGGCGCUAGUCUUUUGUUUAUCUGAAGGAUGGCCAAACAAAUGGUACCGACAUAGAAACAUAUGAUCGUAUUUUACACUAUGAAUAUUCUACUUCAAUAGGCCUGGAGCUUUAUGUAAUUUCUCAUAAUAAUUCUUGUAUCUGGGGUUACACUUACUAAUCAUAUGUUAUUACCUGCCAUUGUGUUUGUACUUACAGUGGUCACCUCGAUGUACGAUUGUUGAAUUGGCACUACAUGAACGAAUAUGUUGUUAGUGUGAUUCUUUAUAUAUAUAUAUGUAUACGCAGCUCUAACUAUAUAUUUCCUCAGUACGGCUGAUGACAAGGACCUUUGCAAAAAGAUGUUUCAGAACAGACAUCAACGCGUCUUCCAAUCGUCCGUUGACGGAAGGUGGACGAAGCAAAUACGUAAUUGAUGAAGAGCAACAAAAGUUGCGGUCGGCAAGGCUUAUCUUGUCUGCGAUGACAAUGGACAUCAAUUGCGGAGUUUUCCAGCAGAAAAAUUAGUCCGUUCGUGUGUUUACAUUAAAUCUGAGUUCAGUAAUGUAUGACAGGCCCGAAGCCUGCACAUACUCAUGCAGUAGCAAAUUCACAAGAUGCACGCGAGCGCGAUAACCUAUUUAGGCAUUUUAGUGUCAUCCAGAUGGUUCCUAUCAAGCUCGACAACGCAAUUUUGACAAUAACUAAGUCUUUGACUAGGGCUAAUUUUAACGAUCAUGAUAACAGGACAUGGAGCAUAAUAAUUAUGGUAAUAGUAAUUAUUCUACAUGUAGUAAUUGAUAAAUAUUCAAGAUGGCUCGCAAUGUAGUUAUGAGCAACAUUGAAAAGGUCGAGUGACACUCGAAACUGAGCGAUAACGAUAAUUAUGUUAGUACCAAGGAUAUUAUCACUUUUAGUAUAUAUAUAUAUAUAUAUAUAUAUAUAUAUAUAUAUUGUACUAUUAUCGGGAAUAAUUAUUGUUAAUGGCAUAGCGGCAAAGAAAGCAAACAGGAGGGAUGCACUGCGUAAAAAAAAGUGACGCGUGGGGAGGGCUCGCAAAACAACGCUGCAAGACUUACAAACCACAAUGUAAAAUGUGCCAUUUAGAUGAGAUGCGAAUCGGAAAAUAAGGUGACGUCGAAAAGGCCGAUUAAGGCUGAACAGAGACGAACAAAUAACAAUGGGAUCACAUUGUGUUGGAGUCUGUAUACUUAAAAGUAUGUAUAUACCUAAGAUGAAAUCUUAUCAUAAUAUAAUAAUACACGGAUAUUAAUAUAUAUAUGACUUGACAUUGCGGAUGUGUAUAUAUAUAUAUU